AUGCAAAGACGGACAGCAUUACUGGCCUUCUUCGCUAUUGUAGUGGCCUUAUUUAUUGGUGUCUCUACUGUAAAAGCGGAUGAUAAGGAAUCUUAUGGAACUGUUAUUGGUAUUGAUUUGGGUACUACCUAUUCUUGUGUUGGUGUACAAAAGAAUGGACGCGUUGAAAUUAUCGCCAACGAUCAAGGUCAUCGUAUUACUCCCUCCUAUGUUGCCUUUACUGAUGAAGAACGUCUUAUUGGUGAUGCUGCAAAGAAUCAAUAUGCGGCUAAUCCUGAACGAACUGUGUUUGAUGCCAAGCGUCUUAUUGGUCGUCGUUAUAAUGAUAAGGACGUCAAGACUGAUAUGAAGCAUUUCCCCUUCAAGUUGGUCAACAAGAACGGUGCUCCCAAUAUUCAAGUGGCUGUCAAGAAUGAAGAUAAGGUAUUCACUCCUGAAGAAAUUUCUGGUAUGGUGUUGACUAAAAUGAAGGAAACUGCUGAAGCCUAUCUUGGUAAGCCUGUGACUCACGCUGUUGUGACUGUACCUGCCUACUUCAAUGAUGCCCAACGUCAAGCUACCAAGGAUGCUGGUACUAUUGCUGGUUUGAACAUUCUCCGUAUUAUCAACGAACCUACUGCUGCCGCUAUUGCCUAUGGAUUGGACAAGAAUGAUGGUGAAAAGAGUGUGUUGGUUUAUGAUCUUGGUGGUGGUACCUUUGAUGUUUCUCUCUUGUCUAUUGAUGAUGGUAUCUUUGAAGUCUUGGCUACUGCUGGUGAUACUCAUUUGGGUGGUGAAGAUUUCGAUAGCCGUGUGAUGGAUCACUUUAUCAAAUUGUGGAAGAAGAAGAACAAUGGUGAAGAUAUUACUGGCGAUCUCAAGACUAUGGGCAAGCUCAAGCGUGAAGUGGAAAAGGCUAAACGUGCUCUCUCAUCCCAAAUGUCUGUUCGUAUUGAAAUUGAAUCCUUCUACAAGGGCAAGGACUUUAGUGAAACUUUGACUCGUGCCAAGUUUGAAGAACUCAACAACGAUCUUUUCCGUAAGACUCUCAAGCCUGUUGAACAAGUCCUCAAGGAUGCUGGUUAUACUAAGGAUCAAGUGGAUGAUAUUGUUCUUGUUGGUGGUUCUACUCGUAUUCCCAAGGUUCAAAAGUUAUUGGAAGAUUUCUUCAAUGGCAAGAAGCCCUCCAAGGGUAUUAAUCCUGAUGAAGCUGUUGCUUAUGGUGCUGCUGUUCAAGGUGGUAUCCUUUCCGGUGAAGAAGGUUCUGAUAAGGUAUUGCUUUUGGAUGUGAAUCCAUUGACUCUCGGUAUUGAAACCACUGGUGGUGUGAUGACCAAGUUGAUUCCCCGUAAUACUGUGAUCCCUACCAAGAAAUCUCAAAUCUUCUCUACUGCUGCCGAUAACCAACCUACUGUCUUGAUUCAAGUAUACGAAGGUGAACGCGCUAUGACAAAGGAUAACAAUAAGCUCGGUAAAUUCGAACUUAAUGGUAUUGCUCCUGCUCCUCGUGGUGUUCCUCAAAUUGAAGUGACUUUUGAAAUUGAUGCCAAUGGUAUUCUCAAGGUGGGUGCUGCUGAUAAGGCAUCUGGUAAAUCUGAAUCUAUUACUAUCACCAAUGAUAAGGGUCGUCUCUCUCAAGAAGAUAUUGAUCGCAUGGUGCGUGAAGCUGAAGAAUUUGCUGAUGAAGAUCGUGCUAUCCGUGAACGUACUGAAGCUAAGAACCAAUUGGAAAAUUACAUUUACAGUCUCAAGAGUCAAUUAUCUGGUGAUGGUGCUUUGGCUACCAAAGUCUCUGAAGAUGACAAGCAAACUAUUGAAACUGAAAUUAAGAAUAUUGAAGAAUGGUUAGAGGAAACUCCCAACGCUGAAAAGGAAGACUUGGAUGAAAAACGUGAAGAAUUGGAGUCUGUUGUCAACCCUAUUACUAGUCAAUUAUAUGGUGAUAGUGCCUCUGGUACCACCGAAGAUGAUGAACCUUUACGCGAUCAUGAUGAACUGUAGAAAGUCUUUAUACUAGUGAUGGAUAGAUUUAGUUUCUUUUUUUUCUUUUUUUUUUAUUUAUUU